ACGGAGAUUAUUAUUAUUAUUUCCCUUGCUCAAUUCGUUAGCAGUGGGAAUUUACACAUAAUUUUAUCUAUACAUCCUUGAUCCAUAUAUUUUUUUAAACCUUCACGUGUUAUAACAAUACGAUUAAAACAAAACAAAUGAUGCUCAAUUAUCAAUUUUCAAUAUAUAUAGUACAUACACAUUAGCGAAUUUUGUACUUCAGAAAAUGUUUAAUAAUUCUAUUCUCAUAUGAUAUUCAAAUACUUAGAUGCACACUUUAGUCUUAAAUAGUUCAUUAGUAAAACUGACCAAUAAUAAUAAUAGUUCCUUUCUUUUAAUUUUGUUUUUUUAGUGCAUUUAAAAGUGACUUUCAAACUGAAAUUAACCAAUUACUCAUAAUUCAACUACACUGUUCUACUGUUUUUAAAAAAAGCUUAUAAAUGAAACUAUAAAGAUUAUAGGUAAGAAAAAUAAGUGAAACGAUGCACUGGCCUUGUAUCGCUAAUCCACAAUGUAAAGGAUAUUUUAUUUAUCCGCAGGGAAGAAAUUCUCAUCAAAUAGCGUGUAAUUAUGCCUUAAAACAUCGUAUACAUCGAUGGAAAUUAGGCAUAAAAAAGAAAUAUGGAUUUAUUCAAGAAAGGAAUUAUUUAAUUAAUGAUGAUGAAAUAGGCUGUGUUAAAUUAUCACGUAUGAAUAUUCCAACAUACAAGAGACAAAAUAUUCUUAACUAAAUUGCAAUAAUUAUGAGAAUCUAUGUAUAGAUAAGUUCUUUUUUUUGUUAGAUUAUUUAAUUAUUAUUCAUUGUUAAUUUUCACACUUUGAGUAUUUUCAUCUGGAUACCUUUUUUAAUUUGCUCGUUAUUUUUAUUUUUGAGAUUAGUAGUCAUCAGACUAAUUUUAAUGUAAAUUCAAUGUUCAAUAAAUAUUGUUUUACUAUUCCAAUAAGAAAAGUAUGUGAUAUUAAUGGCUUAAUUUUUCGAAUUGUUUCACAUAAGCGUCAAAAAUAUAUUACCUUUAUGUAACUGGAGAAAUUUAUGCCGAAAUGUGAAUAAUACUCAAUUGUUAAGAUACAGAUUUCUGUAA